AUGGCAUCCACUUCGAACGUCACUGUGCUCUACCCAGCCCCUGCAGAAGGUGAAAAGUUCGACAUGGACUACUACGUAUCCACCCACCUAAAAAUAGCUACCGAGGCAUGGAAGGAUAUCGGCAUUGCGGGGAUUCAGUUCAUCAAUUUCACAGACGCCGUGGGCGGAAGCGCCUUGCCGUUUUCUGUUGCCGCCGUCGUAACUUUCGACAGCCCGGACGGUGCACGCAAAGCUUUGGUAGUCCCUGAGACGAAGGCAGUGUUCGAAGACGGGCCCAACUAUACCAACAUAACGCCGGUGGUGUUGUUGGGCGAUGUGAAGGCAAGUUGGGUUCGAAGCGAGUAA